AUGAAUAAUAGCAAUAGUUUAGGACCUUCACCUUCUUCAGGUACUAGUGUUGCUAGUGGUCCACAUGGAGGUUUAGUUCCGGGAGGAGGAGGAGCUUCUCUGUUGUUAGGAACAAGCGGUGCAGCAGCAUCAGCAGGAGACGUCGGCGCAGGAGGAUACGUUGUCACGACCAGUAAUCAACAACAGCAGAGUGGAGCAGGAGGAGUUGUACCUCCUCCGGGAGCAGUAGGGGUAACGAUGGGAGGAGGCCCGCCUCCAGGUGCGCCAGCAGCGCCGCUCCAUAACAAUGGCGUUCCGCCACCGCCGGGAACUGUGCCGCCAAACCACGUAAAGAUGAUGCAUGCGCCAGGAGCCACUAUUAGCAUGCUAGGGCCCGCACAGCCACAUCACUAUGGCCAUAUUUAUCCGGCACCUCCUGCUGUUGCGGGUGAAAAUCCUAAUUCUAGUAGCGCUUUCUUCGGUUCACAACAUCUUCAAGCACCAGCAACACGUAGUAAUCACUUAGUAGCAAUGCAGCAAGCACAAGCUCAACAGCAUGCUAGUAGGGGUGGAGGAAGUGGUCCUCCAGGAGCACAGGCACAAAACAUGUUACAGCAUCAGCAGGCAGCAGGCGGAGG